CGCGAAAUGGACGAAGCGUGGACCGACACGGCGUUCGACGGGCUCGACUUUAGCGUCGACGACGCGCAGCUGCUUGCAACCAUGCUGGCACAGACGCCGGCGCCGGCGCCACCCUCGUUGCGGGAGCGGCAGCGCCUCUCGCUGCAAGCGCACCGCAAGCGCCAGGCCGACGAGCUCGCGUUCCUCCAACGCACGGUCGACGACCUCCAAUCGCAGCUCUCGCAGCUCAACCAAGUGCAAGUGCUGCAAGAGAUCAUGGCGCCGCCGACCCGGUGGGAGCGACUGGCCAAAGACGAGCGGCGGCGGCAAGUCGAGGCGUCCCAGGAGAACCGCCGCCUCAAGGCCGCGCUCGAAGAGCAGGUCCAGUUUGCUGAGUCGCUCGCGAAGCUUGUGCACAAGAAGCCGCGCCUCCAGCUCUACGCCGACAGCCCAAGCGACGCAUGGAAGCAGUUCAAGCUCGUCGCCGACCCCAGCGUGCGCCACGCCGCGUUCCAUGCGAUCGUCGACCGGGACUACACACGGACCGACAGCGCGUUCGUCGAAGCCCGCUUGCACGACGCCACCGAGCCGCGGCGCGAGCACGUGCCAACGAUCGAAGGUGGCAUUGUGCUGCUUCAGACGACCGUGCUCGUGCGAUGGCAAGUCGAUUUCGACAUCACGGCCGCUGCGAUCUGGGACGUCCUCCGCGGCGUCGUGCCCAUGUCCCACGUGCCGGGCUCGUAUACCCAGCUCACGAACGUCGACGCGCACACGUCGUAUGUGAGCAGCCUGCGCCAUCUCAAGCUUGGCCGCAUGCAGCGCCGCAUCAUCACAAAGCGGUACAUUGAGUCGCCAACGCGCUGGAUCAUCGUGUGCCGCAACGUCCACGAAGACGAGGUCCUUCCGCUGGAUCCAAACGCGGGCAUUUCCGACGAAGUCAUGUGGGUGCUCAUUGAGCGCGAGCGACACGAGACCGUGAUCAAGUACUUUCGGAAAGCCAAGCCGCCGCUCGUCAUGCAGCCGAGUGCGUCGUUGGAUGCGACGUCCAUCUGCGAGUACCUCAUCGAGCUCAGCCAGAAACACACGUGA